AUGUAUAUUCCGAGUGUGAGAGCUGGUAGCGAUCUUAGCGACAGUGGGGGAACUAUAACGAACAUUUCAAAUCAAUUUGGAUACGAUAUUGCAAUUUUGGUGUUUCAGAAUCCUAUAACUUUUAGCUCAACGAUUCAACCAGUGAAACUAUCAACAAACAAUGAUAUUCUGGCGCCUGGAAUGAGAGGCACAGUAUCUGGAUUUGGACAAAUUUCUUUUUCAGGACCACUCUCAAAACUUUUAAAGGCCACUCAAGUGACUGUUAAGGAUUUUGAAUGGUGCAAAAACCAAUACCAUGACGAAAUGUUUAAACACUACCAAAUACCUUUUACUGAAAUGGUGUUUUGUGCUGGAGGCGAUAUGGACAACAUUACAGAUUCUUGUGAAGUAGAUUUUCAAUUCGUUUUGUUUGAAAAUGUUUCUAUUAAUUUUGAUUUAAGGGAAAUUCAGGAGGUCCUUUUGUAG